AUGCCGAAGGCGUUAGUUCCAAGUCAUUUUAGUGCUCAUCGCUUUGCCUGUUUCGCCCUCUAUCGAGCGCUUCUCCGGCAAUGUCCCGCAACCAAUACAACAUCAUGGCAGGGUGAAAGCAGGUCUCUUGUGAAGAAGAAUUUUCGGCGCUUUCAGAAAUUGCAGAGCCCAUCUCAGACAACUAAUGCUCUAAAGGCAGGCUAUGAGGCUCUAGAUCUCUUCUCAUCUGCCUCUGAGGGCAAUCGCCGCGAUACGCAUCAGAUUAUGACCUUGCUCGCCCAACACAAGUCCCAUAAAGAAAAACAUGCAGCAAUGCAACGAAAAUCCAGGCCCCCAAAGCCUGUCAAACCUUUGUCGGCCAACAAUGCUCGAAAGGCAGAGUCAAUGCGCUUCCAGCAAGAUACUGCCAGACGGCAUCCAAAUGCUACACCGGUGCUAUCGCGGCCUCGGCCACUAGGGUCCCUCGGAGACAAGAUACGAAAGGUCCCAGUCCUCGUCAAUGCGCGCGGAAUCCCCCUUCUACGCUUCAAGAAGCCACAACCCAGAAACCUGAGUGGCACACUCCGGAAAAAAAUGCAUAACCGUUGGGUCUGGAUUAUGCGUCGGGAGAGGCUACAACUUGAUGUACUAUUCGCCAGAGACGAGGAUGAAUGGGAUCGUAUGACCCAGGCCAGCGAGCGAUCCACAUGGGUUCAGCCUGUGCAAGAGUCUCUAGACGAUGUUUGUGACAAGGUCACACGCUGGGAUAUGAAAAACAAAGAGAAUGCGGAGAGUAUGUGGCGCGUUGUACUGGCCGAAAGAGCUUUGGCGGAUGAAGAAGCAAGGCAAAGGCAGGAUGAAGCAAGCCAGGAACUGGACCAAGCAACCUCGACGCAAGAGGAAACAUACCAAACGGAGCCAGGGCGGUGA